UUUUCUUUCUGGGGUGCGAUAGUGCUGGGUUUCCUCAUCCGCCCACGUGCCUGAGCAAGUCGAGGGGGAAAGGUGAUUUCCUUCCGGAAAUGCCGUCCUGCCUUCACAAUGGCCGCGCUGGUGUGCAGCUGUUCUUUGAGGGUGGCGGUGAGGGUGAAAAGAGCAGCCAACUUCUGCUUUUUGAUGGGCUUCCAAACGCAGUUCUAUAGCUGGAUUGAGAAUUUGGGGACUGGAUUGGAUCUGGUUCUAGAUUUUCUGGGCGGGGGUAGUCAACUACAUAUACACCAUCCCCCCCCCCCCACACACAAAAAGAAAGAAUCGUGGGAAGUGUAGUUUGUGUAGCUCAGUGUGCUGUAAACUGUGGUUCCCAGAAUACAUAUGGGGAGUGUGCUUUAAAUUCCGUAUACAUAGCCCAAACUUUUUCAAACACGGGUUAUGUCUACUGUAUUCCCCUCGCCCCCACCCCCAAAUCCUAGAGAUAACAAGUGGUGAAGUUGUAUCUUUUUGUUAGGGUAUGUUCUUCUGAUGCUAAAGGUCCUCACAGAAUGGUGACCUCACAGAACCUCCCUUACUUUUUUACAACUUCCACACUCAGAAUAAAAAAAGAUUAAAGACAGUGCUUUUUUUCAACCAUGAAGUUAUUAUAGUAAGUGCCACACUUUUAAAGAACCAAAAAAGGAGUGCUGGUACUUUGUACCCUUGAGUACCCCCUGGAAAAGACACUGAUUAGAAGAGGCAUGACCCCUUAAAAAAAAAGGUCGCAGCACUUGUUUUUCACUUUUCCAUGCCCUCUUCUUUUUAUUUUUAUAUGAUUCUAUAGUUCCCAGAAUUGGCACAGAAGAGGGGUUGAUUGUUAACCGCUCUGAAUUGUAGCUCUGUGAGAAAAACAGAGGUACCUAACAAUUCACAGCACCCUUAACAAAUUACAGUUCCCAGGAUUGUUUGGGGCUAGCCAUGACUGUUUAGAAUGAUACUACUUUAACAUGUCUAUGCUGUGGGCUGUACAAUUUGGGAGGGGGCACACCUGUACACUUCUAUGUUCAUCAAAUAAAAAACACUAUUUUGCUUAUAUCUUUUGUUUUCUGGGACUAACACAGCACAAAGAUGGGAAAAAAAUAAUGCAUGAAUUUGUACCUGCAAUCCAUAAUCAGAAAUAAAAUGUUCAGGUGGUGGAAUAGUCAUCUGGCACUCAUGAUCCAGAGUUCCUUUAUUUUAAGUCUUGUUAUGUUGCACAGUGUUUUUUCUGUGUAGUGUGGGAACACACAAAGUUCUGAGAGAGAGAGACAGAGAGAGAGAGAGAGAAAUGUGCUUCUUAGACACCUCUGGAGACUCUACGCAGGACCUCACAAGGCCUAAUACUCAGCAGGGAGUGCCUAGGUCCAGGCAUCCCCAAACUUCGGUCCUCCAGAUGUUUUGGACUACAAUUCCCACCUUCCCUGACCACUGGUCCUGUUAGCUAGGGAUCAUGGGAGUUGUAGGCCAAAACAUCUAGAGGGCCACAGUUUGGGGAUGCCUGGUCUUCUGCCAGUAAAUUAAUAGAUCCCCUCUGGGACAGGAUUCCUUCCUUUUGGGAGCUCUGAAGAAAGGCAGUGUUCAUUGUGUGCACAUACUGUCUCUUGCCACUGCAGAAUUGUAACAGAAUACAUUUGCACCUAUGGCACUUCUUGACCAGAAGUUAAAGGAAGAGAAGACUUGCUCUUAACUAAAUAUUUCAAUUGUUAAUAAAGGGAUGGGGAACCUGCGCCUGCCAGAUAUUGUUGAGGCUCCAGGUCCCAUCGCCCACAGCCAGCAUGGUCAGUGCUCAGGGAUGAUGGGAGUUGUAGUUCAUAAAUAUCAGGAGGGCCAUAGGUUUUCCACGCCUGUCCUUAUAUAAGGUGCACCCCCCCUUCAGUAACAUCCAAACAGUAAUCAGCCUGGAGUCAAGGGGAUCCUCAAAGUAGCAGAUAGGUGCUUGGGGUGAAACUAGGCCUACAUGUCUUGGAGGUGAUGCUUUGAUGGGAUUGCAGGCUACAUGGGUGGGAGGGAGAGACUGAAAGUGGUGAGCCGGCAAGUUUCUCAGGGGGAAAAUGGGAAGAAUAGUGGCUGCACAUUUUACCUCAUAACUUGGGUUCCAUAAAUGCUAGCAAUUUAUUCUUACGAAAAGAGGGAGCGGGGGAGAACUAGGAAUCUGGGGGUUAUGGUUCAAGGGGACAGGAGUCCAGAGGACACCCAUCGCCCUGGACACCCAUGGCAGGGUGCCCUGCUAGGAAUAUGUAGCUUCUAUAGCAAGAAAUUGCCUUAUGCAGUUUGCUGACCUGGAAUAAUAUAAUAAUAAUGAUAAUAAUAAUUUAUUAUUUGUACGCCGCUCAUCUGGCUGGGUUUCCCCAGCCACUCUGGGCAGCUUCCAAGAAAGAUUUAAAAUACAUUAACAUACUAGAUAUUCUAUUUAACCAUAGCCUUGCAGUAGUGUCUGUGGUCUAAUGCAGUGUUUCUCAACCUUUUUUGGGCCACGGCACACUUGUUCCGUGAAAAAAAGCAUGAGGCACACCACCAUUAAAAAGGUUAAAAAAUUUAACUCUGUGCCGCCCUAUAUUAUAAUUAUGACUGUAAGAAACACUUGCCAAAUAUUGCUUUCUGGUGGGUCAGUGUUGUGUAUUGGCGGCCGCCAGGCUCGCUUGCACUGAGCUUUGGGAAAGAGGAGGAGAAAUAGUGCUUUCUGGCGGGUCAGUGUUGCUAAUUGGCGGCCGCCAGGCACGUGACAAUGCAAAUCGCCCUUCUCGUCGCCGCACGUCGCGGCACACCAGCCAGCGUCUCGCGGCACACUAGUGUGCCGCGGAACAGCGGUUGAGAAACACUGGUCUAAUGUACUGUAUUUUGACUGUUGGUAGGUCUUCGUAGUUUCUCCAAACAAGCAAAGAGUUGCGGGAGGUGACGCUCUUCAGCUAUUGCUAUUGUCGUCUCUUUGCAGGGGAGAUUAGCUUUCUCCCAGCACAAAUGAUCCACCACCGAGGUUACUUCUCAGACACUUCUAACAAUGUGGAAAAGAAAAAUUGAGAAUGAAGAUUUGAGGGGGAAAUGCGAUUUUUUGACUGACCACCAGAUCUUGCCUAUUGCUUCCGCUUCUCCUCAGGCCCAGCUGAUGGCUGUAAGGAUCUCUCCCCUGUUUUGUCCAACCUGAGUACCGCAGUGCUCUGCCACCUCGGGACAUUUUGACCUCUCAGUGAGCAACUUGGCAGUUCUGAGUCAGGCGCCUGUUGUGAAACGGGAGGCCGGGUCUUGCCCUGGAAAUUGUAUCGCAAUCCCACAGCUCAGACAAUCCCACGUGAGUCAGCAGAGUCUGGGCUCCAGCUGCAAGCAGUCAGGCCCUCGAGGCUGCAAAAGACACAACUGGAAAGUUGCUGCCUGCGGAGCUCCUGCAGGACUGGCCCCAUCUUCCUGCCAUCUUUCCCCUUCGUGAAACACCUAGAGAUUCCACCAAACAUGGGCUCCAUGUUCCGCAGCGAAGAGAUUUGCCUGGCCCAGCUCUUCUUGCAAUCAGCUUCGGCAUACAGUUGCGUCAGCGAAUUAGGCGAGCAAGGACUUGUGGAAUUCCGUGAUCUGAACCCCCAUGUCAGCGCCUUCCAGCGACGUUUUGUGGGGGAAAUCCGGCGGUGUGAAGAUAUGGAGAAAUCCUUCACUUUCUUAGCACAGCAAGUGUGGAAGGCAGGCCUGACACUGACACCCCCUGAGGAGAACCUGCCGGCUCCUCUGGCUCGGGAUGCCCUGCAGAUCCAGGAGCAGUCUGAGCGGCUGGCGCUAGAGCUGAGGGAGGUGAGCCACAACCGUGAGAAGCUGGUUGGCCGGCUACAGGAGCUGCGGGAACACAUUCAAGUGCUGCAGGAGGGACAGCGUUUCACUGGCCAACUGCAGGUGCCAUUAGCAUCACCAGCUCGCCCACGAGCCUUCUCUGACCGAGAACCUCUGCUUGACCCAUCCGUGGCACACCGGCUUGACCUAAAAGUAAACUUUAUCGCAGGCGUGAUCCACCCAUGGCGGGUGAAUGUGUUUGAACGGCUGCUGUGGCGCGCAUGCCGUGGCUACCUUGUGGCCAACUUCGCUGAGAUGCCGGAGCCCAUGGAAAACCCAGCCACGGGCGAGAGCGUCACCUGGGUCAUCUUUCUCAUCUCCUUCUGGGGGGAACAGAUUGGGCAGAAAAUCCGCAAGAUUGCUGACUGCUUUCACUGCCACCUGUAUCCUUACGCCGACAAGGAGGCUGAGCGCUUGGAGACACUGUAUAAACUGCGCACUCAGAUUGAAGAUCUGAACACGGUCUUGGGCAAGACGGAGCAAUACCUGGACCAGCUGCUGCAGAAGGUGCUCUUGGAAUUGCCUGCUUGGCAAGUGCGGAUACAGAAGAUGAAGGCCAUCUACUUCAUCCUCAACCAGUGCAGCUUCAACAUCACCGACAAGUGCCUCAUCGGGGAAGUCUGGUGUCCUGUCCGCGACCUCCCUGCUGUGCAGCAGGCUCUGCGUGAGGGAUCGCACCGCAGCGCUUCUGGGGUGGAGUGCUUUGUUCAUCAGAUUCCCUGCACUGAGAGCCCCCCGACCCUCAUUCGCACCAACAAGUUCACUGCCGGAUUCCAGAGCAUUGUUGACGCCUACGGGGUGGCCAGCUAUCAGGAGGUGAACCCAGCUCCCUAUACCAUCAUUACCUUCCCUUUCCUGUUCGCUGUCAUGUUUGGGGAUGUUGGCCAUGGGCUGCUGAUGUUCCUCUUUGCCCUUUGGAUGGUGCUGGCUGAGAACCGCCCCAGCAUGAAGAAGGUGCAGAAUGAGAUCUGGCAGAUGUUCUUUGAGGGCCGCUACCUCAUCCUCCUGAUGGGUGCCUUCUCUGUCUACACUGGCUUCAUCUACAACGAGUGCUUCAGCAAGGCCACCAACAUCUUCCCCUCUGCCUGGAGCAUCGCUACCAUGGCCAAUCAGUCGAAUUGGAGCGAGGACUUUUUAGCUGGAAACCCUGUUCUUGCUCUGAACCCCAAUGUCACGGGAGUUUUCAAAGGUCCUUACCCUUUUGGGAUAGAUCCGAUCUGGAGCCUGGCCAUCAACCAUCUCACCUUCCUGAACUCCUUCAAGAUGAAGAUGUCUGUGAUCCUGGGCAUUGUGCACAUGAGCUUUGGGGUCUGGCUUGGCAUCUUCAACUACAUCCACUUCAAGAACUACUACAAGAUUCUCCUGGUUUUCGUUCCGGAGAUCAUCUUCCUGCUGGCGCUCUUCGGCUACCUUGUAAUCCUGAUCUUUUACAAAUGGCUGGCGUAUGACGUCUCCGAUUCCCAGUCUGCACCCAGCAUCCUCAUCCACUUCAUUAAUAUGUUCAUGUUUUCAAAUGAUGCCAGCAACGUCCCACUCUUUAACCACCAGGCCCUGGUGCAGACCGUGUUGGUGGUGGUAGCCCUGGCCUGCGUGCCUGUCCUGCUGCUGGGGACCCCCUUGUACCUCUGGAGCCAGCAUCGACAGAAGGCCUCUUUGUCCAGGCACAAUCCCUCCAGCACUGAAGAGCGCCAGCCUCUGCUAAACUGCGAGGAGCCGAGCAGAUCUGUGAACGUUGCUGAAGAUGAUGUGGAUUGUGCCAAAUCCAAACAGGAGUUGGAGUUUGACUUCUCCGACGUGUUCAUGCACCAGGCAAUCCACACCAUCGAGUACUGCCUGGGCUGCAUCUCAAACACAGCCUCCUACCUCCGUCUCUGGGCUCUCAGCUUGGCCCAUGCACAGCUCUCAGAGGUCCUGUGGACCAUGGUGAUGAGGAACGGCCUCCACAUGACAGGCUACAAAGGUGGGGUCCUCCUCGUCCCGGUUUUUGCCUUCUUUGCGGUACUGACUGUGGCAAUCCUGCUGGUGAUGGAGGGGCUGUCGGCUUUCCUGCACGCCCUGCGUCUGCACUGGGUGGAAUUCCAGAACAAAUUCUACACAGGCUCUGGGUACCGGUUCACCCCGUUCACCUUCACUACAGACACCUGGGACUAAGAGAGAAAGGACUUCUUUCUCCCCAGAGAGCAGAUGUACUGUGUGCCCUCAUGAGCCAAUUGGCUUAUGCUGUGUUUUUUUACAUGAGCGACUGUCUCUUUCUUCCUUUUUUUUAACCACUUGUGCCUUGUGUCUGACUGGAAUGUGUGGCAGAAACUUCUUUAACUCCCCUGACACGCACCUUUCUUGGGGAAGGAAUUACCUGCUCUGUCCCCAUCUGUCUGCUACAAUUAAAGUGAGGUCCUUUGCUGCCUCACUGCCGGAAUAUCAGUAUUUAGGAUGGAGUUCCGGAAUUCAGGGUUUCUCAAGCCACGUUCCUUCCAGUUCUUGAUCCUUAUGACUUGCAGCUGAACCAGCCUGCCUUGUGCAUAUCUCUAUAGCCGUUAAGAGUUGCUUCUGGGAAAGAAUGGGAAGCGGCCUUAAGGAACAUCAGAAUAUGGAUACCACUCACUAUAUGGGCUGCUAAGUGGCACUGUCUCUCUUCUUGCUUCAUCCCUGUUUGCUGGGGUGCAGCCUUUCUGAUGCACAUCAGAGGACAAGAGGCUCAGCCCCAGGCACUUGGGCCUUCUGCUUUUUCUAAAUUUACAUUCAGUUGCAGUUGGUGUUGUCUUCCAGGCCUGAGACUCUCUUGUUUCCCUGAUGGAGAGCCUGGAGUUGACAUUGCAUCAGCCAAUGCAUGAUCUGGGGUUGCACAUUAGAGCCAAGCCCUCUGUGCAUGCGUCUUUUUGAAAGGACUGUCUACCUGUGCUAGCAAGCUAGUGAUAUGCUGGGAGCUGAUGUGCCUAGCAAUGCCUGACUUUUCCUCAUUCAUGCUCUUGUUUUUCCAAAUGCUAGCAAAAUCCACCAACAGCUGGGGACAACAGCUCUGUACAGGUGGAACACGGAGACUUAAGUUGCCAGGGGCACCUACUAUAGGGGGCUCUGGGUAUCUGAGCACCCACAACAAAAAAAUUGUGGGCAUCCACACUGCAGGGCCCCCCCAUCACUUUCUGAGGCCAGGGGGCGCGUGUGACAUCAUGAUGUCAUGCUGCAUGUGAUGUCAUGAUGUCACGAGCGCUGGGCACCCAUAACCUGGCGCCCCAGUUGGCUCCCCUGCCUGGAUUGCAUAACAACCUUCCUUCAUACUGAAGGCACAGCAUGUCAUGGGCAGGACUCAAGACUCACACUGCCAUUUAAGAGAAAGACAAUGCUUGUGAGCAGGCUGCUGAGAAUUCUGUGCUUCAAAAGCCCUCAUAAACUCUUUGUCGCCGUAGCUACCAAAUCCCACAAUAAAGACAAGAUUCUUAACCUUC